AUAUUUAAGAAAAAUAUUUGCGAAAUGCGCUCCCGAGUCAGACAUCGGUUGACUUGACAUUACUACAGUUUCCAUCACAGUCAGGCAUGAUCGAGUCAGGUGGAGAGAGUUGAAGAUUGUUCUUGCUGAACUGAAUGCAGCUAAUACAUUUUCAAUGCCGUUGAUGCCUCUAUGACUCCGUAAAAUAAUCGGAACUCUAACUCCUUGCCAAUCAAGAAAUGUCCUCCCUUUCAGAAUAUGCCUUCCGCAUGUCUCGUCUCAGUGCCCGGCUAUUUGGUGAAGUCACCAGGCCUACUGAUUCCAAGUCUAUGAAAGUGGUGAAACUGUUUAGUGAACUGCCCUUGGCCAAGAAGAAGGAGACUUAUGAUUGGUAUCCAAAUCACCACACUUACACUGAACUCAUGCAGACACUCCGAUUUCUUGGACUCUACAGAGAUGAGCAUCAGGAUUUUAUGGAUGAGCAAAAACGACUAAAGAAGCUUCGUGGAAAGGAGAAACCAAAGAAAGGAGAAGGGAAAAGAGCAGCAAAAAGGAAAUAGUGUUGGUCCCUCAAGAGGGAGAAUUUCUUCCUCAGUGGUGGAGAGAAGAAAGUGCAUUUAUUGUCUUUCCACAUAUUGGAGGAAUGUCAUCUUCCUAAAUGAAGUUUAUUUGGAGGAACACAGUCAUCUCCUUGGUGAAAUCUAAUCCGGUUACACUGUGGCUGGUUUCUUGAACACAUUCUAACUGUGCAAAAUUAUUUUGGCCUUGGCCGUGUAAUGUGAGGUUUACCUGAUUCUCUAAUGAAAUAAAUACCUCAGUUAUUGUUU